AUGAAGCCACUUCUUCAUUUGCUAUUUCCCCUCCUCGUCCUCGGCGCCACACACGUUUCGGCAAUAUGUUACAACCCGGACGGUUCGACAACGUCUCAGGACGUACCAUGCUCGUUGAGUCACCAGUCGAAUUGUUGUCACCCAGGAUGGGCAUGCCUAUCAAAUAAACUGUGUCAAAACCCCAACGCUCCAAACGACACUGUCGCUUACGUUCGAGGAAGCUGCACGGAUAAAACAUGGCGGUCAGGUAACUGUCCAAACUUUUGCGUCCAUGAUACUGCGCCCUGGAACGACUCAUUAAAUAAACCACAACAUCUGGGCAAAUGCGAGAAUACUAGCGAGGAUCUGUACUACUGCGAAGAUGACAAUGUUCAAGCGGUGGAUUGUGCUAAGCACUCGGCUGUCGUGAGCUUUGUCGGUCAACCAACAACAGUUACGGUCAUUGGUGUAACACAAACGGCGGCCACCACGGCUGCUACAGCUCCCGCCACCGGUAGCUCUGGAUCAGAUACAUCCGGAGGGUCAUCGAACAGCACUGCCGUCGGCGCAGGGGUGGGAGUAGGCGUCGGUUGUGCUCUUUUAAUAUCAGGAGCGGUCUUCUUCUUCUGGCGUCGAAGAAGAAACCGCCGCUCAAAGGCGCAACAGCCCCAGGCUUCCCAAGCAGCACUAAGCGCCGCUGGAGAUCAAGGCGACUACUACCCAAGGAAACCCGAUCAGCCGUAUGAGAUGGAAUCCACUACCACCGGGGGCCAAACGACAGUGAGGUCGGCAUACAAUGAUCACAACGUGGUUGAGGCUCCAAACGAUGCUAUGGUUGGGGAAUUACCUGCCCACAGAGAAUCCGAAAGCCCGGUUGAGAUGCCAGCCGAGCGGGUAUGA